CCCGGCUGCAGUGGACGACGCGUACGUCAGAUCCUCUCCAGAUCAGCCAGACCUCUCUGUGUUUCCUCAAGGAGAUCGCGCUUCACAACAAACAUAUAAACUAGGAGAAGAAGAACAAGACGAUGGCACCACUGGAUGUGCAUAUCAAACAUGCGGGCAAGGUCUUUGACCUCCAGCUCGACCCCGAUCAGCCACCGACCGUGUUCAAGGACGCCGUGUACCACCUCACGGGCGUGCCACCAGAGCGCAUGAAGGUCAUGGUCAAGGGCGGCAUGCUCAAGGACGACAGCGACUGGAAAAAGAUUGGCCCUAAAGCGGAUCAGACCUUCAUGGUCAUCGGUGCGGCGGGCGAGCUGCCCAAGCCGCCACCCAAGCCUAUCGUCUUCCUCGAAGACAUGGACGAUGCUGAGAUGGCGGAAGCGCUGGCAUUGCCAGUUGGUCUCAAAAAUCUCGGAAACACAUGCUACAUGAACUCCGUCGUCCAAGCCAUGCGCGCCAUCCCAGAGUUGCAGCAGGCCCUCAGCGUUGCACCCACGCUCGACGUCCUCCCGCGCGCGAUGCGCGACCUGUACAGCAGCAUGGGGCGUACGACCGACGCGUUCAUCCCGAACUCGUUCCUCUCCGUCCUGCGACAGGUCGUGCCGCAGUUCAACGAGUUCGACCGCUCCAAAGUGAGCAUGAUGGCGAGUUACGCGCAGCAGGACGCGGAGGAGUGCUGGACCCAGAUCGCGAACAACCUCAAGAUCGUGCCCGGCCUUGAGCCGGACGGCGCGUCCGCGUCCGGGAAGAAGUUUAUUGACCAGUUUAUGAUGGGGGAGGUGCGCAGGGAGCUGAAGUGUAAUGAGGCGCCGGAGGAAGAGCCGACGGUGACGUUUGAGAAGGUGCUCAAGAUCGAGUGUAAUAUCAGCGGGACGACGAACUAUAUGCAGACCGGCAUCAUGGACGCUCUGAACCAGGAAGUCGAGAAAAACUCACCCUCACUGGGCCGCUCGGCCGUGUACACGCAGACGACGCGGCUGUCGCGCCUGCCCGGGUACCUCACCGUGCACAUGGUGCGCUUCGCGUGGCGGCGGGACGUGGGCAAGAAAGCCAAGAUCAUGCGCAAGGUCAAGUUCGCGGAGGAGCUGGACGGGCUGGACGUCGCGACGGACGAGCUGCGCGCGAAGCUGCUGCCCGCGUCGCGCCGGCUCAAGGAGAUGGAGAAGGAGCGCGCGGAGAGGCGCAAGGUGCGCAAGCGCACACGGGUUGCCCAGGAUGGUGGUGCUGGUGCGGCGGGGAGGGCGGUGCAGAGGGACGGGGACGUGGAGAUGGCGAAUGCGGCGGCGGGGCCGGUGAGCGCGAGCACGUCUGUGGGGGAUUCGGCGCCGCCGCACGGCACUGGUGGGGCGGGCGAGGAGAAGGGGAAAGGGCGCGUGGAGGAUGUGGAUCUGGAGCCGGAGCAUGUGUAUCGCACGCGGGAGCUCAAGGAGCUCGAGGAGCUUGUGCAUCCGGAUGUGAAGAGCGACUAUGGAGCGAGCUUGACGGGGCUUUAUGAGCUUGUUGCGAUCGUGACGCACAAGGGCCCGCAGGCGGAUUCGGGGCAUUAUAUGGGCUUCGUGAAGAAGUCGGUGUUCCACACGAAGGCGGAUGCGGCUGCUGUCGCUGCUGGUGAGACGUCCACCAGCGAAGAGGGCGCGGAGGGCGCGGGGUCUGGUAUUGCCGGUCCGACGACGGGCGGGCAGGGGCCGGCGUUUGAUGAUGACGAUGAGGACUGGUAUAAGUUUGAUGAUGAGAAGGUCAGCGUGUUCCCGAAGGAGAAGUUGGGGACGAUUGAUGGUGGAGGUGAGGAUUCUUCGGCGUAUGUGUUGCUGUACAAGAGCAAGUCGCUCGUAUGAGCUUGAGCGCACCUCGGCGCCCAGUCGAGAUUACUUACAUGUACAGCAUGUUUGAUGUGUAGUGCGCGCUUGUACUCAGGCCAUGUCUAGAUAUGUAUGCAUUAUUCCUAGAAUGACACGCUGUGAUUGUGCGCAUGGCGGGGCUACGGGCUACAGAUGGGCGAUAAAUAAGGAUAUAAGAAGCGGUAUGAGACGUGCGCUCGCGAGACGGCUACUCAAAAGAGCGCAGCGACACGUGUAGAACGGCUGCACAAAGGAGACUACGAGACGGCACCCUUUGCCCCGCGCGCUUUAGCGAACGUUGCGCGCUAGGCGAGCUGUGCUGUGGAAGAUGGUAACAGCUGACCGAAGAGCCGUGCCCAGGAGUUACGAGAGGCCGUUGGUUUUUAUCGGCUGCAUUUCGACGUCGCCGUCGUCGAGGUCGUUGGCUGAUGGUACAGCUGCAGAUGCAGCGGCGCCUGCUGCUGCCGAGCCCAUCUGCUGCGGUGGGGCGACGUCCCACUUGAUCUGGAAGCGGGUGACGCGGGGCUUGGUGCUGAUGUCGCGGACGAGGCGGUCGAAGACGAUGGGCUUGGGCUGGGCCUCGCGCAUCUCGUCGUUGUCGUAUUCUGUGUUCUGGUAGUAGCCGACGCGGACGAAUUCUUGGUCGUUGUAGGAGCCGGUGAGGAUGAGGGCUGCGACGCCGAGGACGUCUUCGGGGGGCACAGUUGCGGGGUCGGGCGGAGAGCCUUCGAAUUCGAAGCAGUUUACGCCGACGGGGACGGGGCCGACGAGGCAGUCGUCGAGCUCUUGGUCGAGCUGCUCGUUGUCUGGGGAGGAGACGUAGAUGAGUUUCCAUUCGAGGUCAUCUUUGAGAGGGGCGAUGCAUUCAAAGGUGACCUUGAACUUGUAUGAAUCGAGGAAGCGGGCGGGGUUGUUGAGGAACUCGACGUU